AUGAUUUUCGCGAAGAUUACAAUGCAAAGAAACCUCAUCGCUGAGGAGAGCAGCCUCGCCCCGCCCCCGACCCAUUAUUUCGACAUGUGGCAUGACUACAUGAACCUAGGGAGGCUGCUGGAGAAACUGUGUGACGUCGCAGAUCGGACAGAGACCUCCUAUACCCAGCUGAAGGAGCAAGUACCGGACGCCGAGGGCCAGACCGGUCGCCAGGAGCAACCGUGGUUUCGUCUGAACUCGAUCGGGACUGAGAGCCUGAGCUCUGCAAGCAGCAUUUCAGACAACACGAGCCACAGCAUGGCUUCCGGCGAUUACUGCGGCUUCUGCAAGCAAAAUGGAGAAACGGCAGAGAUCUACCGGAGCCACAAACUGAAAUCCAAAGACGGCAAAGUCAUCUGCCCCAUUCUGAGGACCUACAUUUGUCCUAUGUGUGCCGCCACCGGAGACAAAGCUCACACGCGCCGAUACUGCCCACAGCGCAACGAAGUAGUGCCGAAAUACCGGUGGGCUGUGGAGUAG